AUGACAGAUUACAGCAAACAAACGGUCGCGCAACUGCGGCAGGUGUUGAAGGACCGGAGUAUACCCAGCACCGGCUUGACACGAAAGGCGCAAAUCAUCGAGAAGCUCCAGGAGGCAGAUAUCGCUGCCGAGAUCCCCAGUGCGCCAGACGAGGGUACCGAAAGCGCAGACGCGCCGCCUGAUGCGGUAGAGCAGGUGAAUGCCGAAGUUGGCGACGACACUGCCACCAAAGAGCAUGUCCCUGGGCUGGCCCUCUCUGAAGCUGGAGAAGCAGAGCAGCCUACACGCGAAACCGAGCCAGAACCUCUACCCGUACCCGCAGCGACUACCGAUUCCCUCCCCGAGACAAUUUCGCACAUUGACAGCGAUGCUCCUCCACCGGACGAGAUCAAAGCAAUAGAGCGGCCUGCCGAGGACACGACUAAUGUGGGGGAGCCCGGCUCAACACAACCCGCGGGAGUCUUCAGUGCACCGCCCGCAGAUGCCGACGAUGUGGUCGGCCCAACCGUCACUGAGCCUACCGAUGCGGAAGUUGAAGACGUAAAGAAGGUCGAAGUCGCAGAGGACGAGCUGCCAGAUGCUCCAGGGCCGGCUGCUGAAGCUCUGCGGUUGGUUCAGCCAAAAUCUGGACUUCCCGAAGAUUUGCAAGACACGAGCAUGGACGUGAAGACGGCUUCACCUGUGUCCAAUGAGCAACAAUCGGUGGAGAUGCCGGAAUUGCUUGCCGUUCCAGAGUCCUCGACGACAGAAACAUCGAGGGUCAACACAGAGGAGGUAGAAACAGACUCGAAGAAGAGAAAGAGGAGGAGUGACACACCCGAGAUGGCAGACCAGGAAAUCAAGGCGAAGAAGCACAGGCCCAGCCAUGACCCAGCGCCUGGCGUUCACUUGCAGGAAGACGAGGAUACCGUCAUGGAGCAAAGAAGAUCGGAGGAAGAGACCGGAGCUCUAGCACAUGGCAAUCCAAACGAAACAAACGACAAUCGCUCUACACCAGCCGAGGAGGAUCCACCAGCUGUGGAGACCGACACAAGGCGCGAGAAGAAGGAAAAGGCCUCUCGGUAUAAAGAUCUCAUGAAAUCUAAUGCAAACGACACACCCCAGGAAGCCUUGACUGACGACAGGCCCACGGUGCCCGCGCUCCACCCUGUGACAUCUGCCUUGUACAUCCGCAACUUCAUGCGCCCUCUGCGUCUGGAGCCACUGCGAGCACACCUAGUCUCUCUUGCCUCGCCGCCAUCCACCUCACCGGACCCCACAAUUGUGGAAACCCUUUUCCUGGACGCACUCAAGUCGCAUGCGCUCGUACUCUUUAGCACUAAAACUGCUGCAUCACGAGUACGAGCAUCUUUACACGGCUCCAUAUGGCCACCAGAAGGUAACAGGAAAGAGCUCUGGGUCGACUUCGUCCCGGAUGAGCACGUGGAGGAUUGGAUCAAGGAGGAAGAGGACGCUGCAGCUGCCGAGAAGGAAGCUCGGGCAAACAAACGCUCACACAACCCCAAGCGGUUUGAAGUCGUAUAUCCAGAGUCCAGUGAUGGCUCUGUUAUAGCUGUAUUCCAGGAAGUUGGUUCAGGCGCUCCUGCAAACGCACCACGAGGCCCACGCGCAAGCGCAGACGUACGAAUGCCAUCCGCACAACAAGCAUCAACAACAUCUCUCCCAACACCCUUAUCGAAAGAUACGCGACAAGACACUGAAGCUUCAUUCAAAACACUCCAUGAUCUGUUCAGCUCCACAGAGGCGAAGCCCCAACUCUUUUAUCUCCCAGUUUCGGAUGAUAUUUCCGAUCUGAGACUAAAGGAACUGGACGCCGAGACAAGCAGAGACUGGGCACCUGGCCAGACAAGGAAGGGGCGGGGCAUCAAGACUGAGAUGAAGUACAAGUACAGUUUUGAUGAAGAUAACAGGGUUGUCGAAGUCGGUGAAGAUCGCCCUGACUACAAAGGUGGCAGAGGCGGUAGUGGCUACAGAGGACGAGGGAGGGGUGGAUAUAGAGGGAGAGGGGCAGAUGUUUGGAGAGGAUGA